CUGAGCAGGUCCAUGAAAGAGGAUAGAAAUCAUACUUCUGUGGCCAUGUUUGUUCUCCUGGGACUGUCAGAUGAAAAAGAGCUGCAACUUAUCCUCUUUCCAAUCUUCCUAGGGAUCUACCUUCUGACCAUAAUCUGGAACCUUGGUCUCAUCCUCCUUAUCAGGAUGGACUCCCACCUGCACACACCUAUGUACUUUUUUCUCAGUUUCCUGUCAUUUAUAGACAUCUGCUAUUCUUCUUCCAUCAGCCCAAGGAUGCUUUCAGACUUCUUAAAAGAUGAAAAAACAAUUUCGUUCAUUGCUUGUGCCACCCAGUACUUUGUUGGGUCCUGGAUGGCGCAGGCUGAGUGCUGCCUGUUGGCCGUAAUGGCCUAUGACAGAUAUGUUGCUAUUGGUAGGCCUCUGCAGUACUCAGCCAUCAUGGAUCCUGACCUCUGUCAGAAGAUGGUUGCUGGAGCCUAUGGGAGUGGUUUCCUCGGUAGCUUAAUUCAAACAGUUUCUUGCUUUCAUCUCUACUUUUGUGGGCACAAUAUCAUUCCAAAUUUCUUCUGUGACAUAACCCAGAUUAUUUCCUUGUCUUGCUCCAAUCCCUUCAUGAGCCAAAUGAUUCUUUUUCUGGAAUCUAUUUUUAUUGGAUUCACUUCCUUCCUCAUCCUCUUAUCCUAUGGUUUUAUUGCAACUUCCAUCCUGAAAAUAUCCUCCAUAAAAGGUAGUGCCAAGGCCUUCAAUACCUGUGCCUCCCACCUGGCUGUUGUGGCAAUCUUCUAUGGCAUGGGCUUCUCUGUGUACCUGCAUCCUAGCUCUAGCUACUCCACAAAGCAGAACAAGGUUCUGUCAGUGUUCUAUGUUAUCCUCAUCCCAAUGUUAAACCCUUUUAUCUAUAGUCUGAGGAACAAGGAGAUCAAAGAGGCCUUGAUGAGGGUAGUAAAGAAGGCAUAUUAUUUCCUCCAUAAGGAAGACAAGGGUAAAAAUAUGCAAGUGACCUUUUAUAGGUUACAAGAAAGCUAG